GUCAUUGGGAUGCGGUUGCCGGAGCCGGGCACCUAGCCGACCAUCCCCGCUCAUAUGCCCACCACCGAGAGGGACCACUCGCCAAAGAUGACAGCUCCGUCAAACCCAAGCCAGGCCGCGCCGCAGGAACAACGCUUUUUGGUGUUGUUUGACUUCGACGAGACCAUCAUCAAUGAAAGCAGCGAUGACGCCGUGGUGCGCGCUCUGCCGGGCCAGCAGCUCCCCGACUGGCUGAGAAACAGCUACAGGGAGGGUCACUACAACGAGCACAUGCAGAAGGUUUUGGCCUACAUGGCGGAGCAAGGCGUGUCUAAAGACUCCAUCCACUCGGCGGUGGCGAAGAUCCCACCGACCCCUGGCCUCCUAAACCUCCUUCAGUUCCUGCAGAGCCACCAGCAGGACUUUGAGCUGGCGGUGGUGUCCGAUGCCAACAUGUAUUUUAUCGAGACGUGGCUGGAGCACGCUGGGGUGCGCCACCUUUUCAGGAAGAUUUUCACAAACCCGGGCAGCUUCGAUGCGACCGGUCGGCUGGUGCUGCUCCCUUUCCACUCACACUCGUGCUCCCGUUGUCCAGACAACAUGUGCAAGCAGAAGAUCCUUCGGGAGUAUUUGGCUGGCCGGCAAAAGGAGCGUGGUGGUGCUGCCUUCCAAAGGGUUUUCUACAUCGGAGACGGGGCCAACGAUAUCUGCCCCACUCUGGCUCUGGGACCCCAGGACACAGCCUUUCCCAGGAGGGACUUCCCCAUGCACAAGCUGCUGCUGGAGAUGCAGCAGUUCAAAGCAAACAUAGUUCCUUGGCUCAGCGGCGAGGACAUAGUGGACUGUUUGAAGAAAAUAAUGGAGGAGAGAUGAGAUCUAUGCUUGUCCGUGCUCGUAAAAAGAUCAGAUCGGAAACAACAAAGGUGCACCAACCUUGGUUUUGGUGAAAAGCAGGAUAUGCAUGAUUUUAGCCCAGCCACAAUUGGUACAACUUAUAAAGAUAUAACCAAACAAUAGUUCUGCAUUUUGGUAAAACACUUCUUGACUUUGUUGCAGAGAGUUAGGUGUCUGUACAGAAAUAUGCCGCAGGCUAUCUGACCUUUUCUCACCUUGUUUUGAUAAAAACAUGAAAUAACAUGAGAAUUUUCGAAUCCCUCAAAGCUAGCUUAUCCCUCUCAUUUGCAGUCUUCGUGCUAAACUAAGCGGCAUGUUUCCUGUACAGACUAAAGAAGGGUUUUCUCUUCGUAAUUCUUGACUAGAAAGCAAUGAAGCUACCAAAAUGUAGGACUGUUCCUUUAGUGCUAGCGUAGUAUGAAACCCUAAUGAAUUAUUAUUAAUAGCGUAUGCAGUAUCACAACUCCCACUGGAAUGCAAAUGAAUAAGCUCGCAGGUUAAGAUUAUCGUGAUCAAUAACGGAGAUAUGCAGUGUUGAUUAUGCACUAUGUUCUGGUUCUCAAGUCCGAUCCAAACGCUAAAGAACAGUACAACCAAAGUGGAGCCUGACUCUGGCUCUGGAGUGAACUGAAUCAGCUCAUCUUAACGAACCAUCCCCUUCAGUAUGAAUGUAGUCCACAUGUGAGAAUCUCACUGCACGUGACCUUUUUCAAAAUCUGUGAAUAUUUGCGUCACCGCUGCUGUGUGCGUGUAGAGAUUACAGCUUGAAACUGUUCCAUCCUUGUGGGUCCCAGUGUUGACAAGCUUCUUUUUAAACCCAAACCCCCCCCACACGUGUUCAUCGGAGGCCUCGACGACGGACACAUAAGUAGGAUCGGGUGUUGUAGCACGACCCGGGACAAAAGACCGCACAUGUCGCGUCGGGCGGGGACAAGGACGGUGUGGAGCAGGGAUAAGGUGACAGGGACUCAGGUGCGGUACCUGUGCGCUCUCCGCCGCCCAGUACUGAUACCUAAUCUAGGGCUUGAUUAUACAACUGUAAUCUACACCAGCAAGAGAUCCGACAACAGAGGAGCGCCGCAGCCAUACACACUGUUUCUCUGAGACUAUGAAACAAAGGGGAGUGUAAAGUACUCGUUUUUGAUUUUAAAAGUCCUUUUGUGUGGUUAACAUUAAAACUCCCAAGUGAAUAUUAUUGAUGAUAAAAGGCGAUGAAUUUAAACUAGAGAGGAUUUAUAGUCUUUAACACCUUCCGUAUGCGUGUGAAUGUAUAAACUACAGUAUUGUGAGUGGAUAGUAUUAAGGGUUUCGGUAUUACUAACUCAACAUCUAACCUCACUUUGCCUCACUGAAGUCAUGACAUGGAUAAAAAAUAUAUAUAUAUUUAAGAAAAAUAUAUAAGGUUUUUAGCGUUUUUUUUUAUUUUCUGUUCACAUUUUGAGAAAUAAAACACGUUUCAGGGUCUUACCUCCAUUUUCACAUCCUGUUUACGACAAACCGUCUACAUUACUGGAUGACUGGGGCAUGUGUACUGUACAUUUGUUCAUUUUCGCAGCCUAUUUAACAUCAUUUUCCCCAUAAUAGUGAUCCUUUUAAGCAACUUUAGGCCAGAGGUUGUGUUGAUAAUCGAGGCAUCCAUUUAGUAUUUUUUAAAUCAUCCUCGUCAAGCCAUUACAUUCUAAAAUGUUUGGGUGCUGAUGAAAAGCAGUGCAGCGGUGUGUUUGUUAACCAGUGAAAUAAUGUCGAGCCUUAACAAACAACAUAAUGCUGUUUAAGUGCUGGAAAUGUCCUUUAACCAGUGUUUUAGUUUCUCAGGGAGUAGCGACGAAAACAAGCAAAGAUAAUAAUAAUACUAACAGUAAUAUAUGUGUAAAAAGAUGUGUUCGUUUCAUUCUUACAUUUGCUGCGUCUAAGAACAAAUCGUUUUAUUUGUGACUGAAAAGUGUGACCCUGACAUUCUUUUAGAUUAAGAGCUAAUCCAAUAGUGCUUUGUGAUUAGGAGAUUUUAGUCCUGUGAGCUUUCCUCCGUGUGACACUACAGUUGUUAGAAACAGCAGCACUUCAGUUCUCGUCCGUGUACUUGUCGAUGGAGUUUCGUGCAAUAAUUAAAAGCUGUAUACUUGAUAUAAAACCAGAGGUUUGAACAGGAAGAAAAACUUGACAUUUUCAGGGAUGUGAAUCGACCCCAGAUCACCAAACCAGAGUGUUGUUUGUUUUUUUUUUUUAAAUAAAACUUUAUAAUCAUAUUACAACAACCAAAUAAAAUUGUGUUAGCCGAGACUGUGCUCAACUAAUAUGCUACCUUUUGUCCUUUUUCGUGGUUUGCUGUACAUCGAGUGUGCUGAAUCAGAAAUCCAGCUAAGUGUGUUAAGCGUCAUUGUAACGGGAAUAUAAAGCCAUUAUCCGAC